AUGGAGAGAUCGAUGCAGCCCAUGGCGAGAUAUGGUGGGCGUCUUCUUUGCAUUGUGACACUCGCUGCAGCGCUGUGGUUGAGAAGCUCUGCAUUUGUCUCUUUUCAGGCAAGCAGCAGGGCAACAAGGAACCAAGCUAUCAUACCACGCAGGGCUGGUGCGCCAGUUGCGAACUCGGGCAGAAAGUUGAAGAUCAUGCUCCCCAAGGUGCUCGGAUUUCAAUUUGAGAGCGACAAGCCGAAGGAGCAGAGAAUCCAGCCACUGGUGGUGUUGGCUCGGGAUCAGCGUGCCCGUUUUUGGGAGAUGUCGAAGAAAGGCUGCAACGUGAGUGAGGUCUUUGUUCGCUAUGAGGGGAGGACUCCCUGGAAGCGCGUGGGUGAGAUCGUGCAUCGUGAUGGAGACUUCCGGGAAGCCAUCCAAGCGCAGUAUAAUUUUCUCAUCAAGCGUUCUUACAAGCUCUACAGGAAAUUCCGCUAUUGGCUACCGACUGCUGAACCGGUCCAGUUUGGAUAUACCGACACUGAGGGCAACAUUGUGCCUGUCAGCGCUGGACCUCUUGAGCUUGGUGUAGAACCUACAGAAAUGAAGGCGAUGAUCAAUAGGUGUGGCUUCGUGGGAUCUGAGAAGCCAAGAUAUUGGCGGCAUAUGCAAAGAAACGUGAAGGACAAGUACGAAACUAAGAAGGACUUCCAUAGAAAGAAGUUUUGGCUAACGCGACGUAAGUUCAACACAAGGCUGGCAGCCCACAAAUGGUAUGACCCGAACAAGUACCGUGGACGUUACAUGCAGGUUCAGAAGAUAAAGAGAGGCAUUGUCUCCGGGACGGGCCCCUCACGAUGA